GGGUUAUUGUAUUAAACAAUAAAACCCAGUUUAUUUUAGCAGAAAUGUGGACCCUUCAAGGGAGAGUAUCUUGGGCAUACUAUAUGUUGAUGAACUAGAGUUCUCUUUCCUGAUUAAAAAGAGUUAAUGCCCAUUCUAUAAAUAGUUCUGAGAUCACUUCCUUCCUGGCAUUGGAUUCCAAGGCUUCAACCUACAGAAAAAACUGAAAUUUUUUAAAAAUCUACAUUCAUCUGCAGAGAUAUAAUUAGUUAUAUUACAAAAACAUCUCAAAAUGUCUGGAAGAGGAAAACCUGCUGGAAGAAAAAGAAAAGCUCAGACAAACCUGACAGAAAAUGAGGAAAAAAGGCAAAGAGAUGAAGCUCCAUCUGACCAUGAUGUGCCAGAAUUUAUCCAACUGCUGGCUUCUGACAAAUCAGAAAAUACCAACAAAAGAGAUGCAAAGAUUUUGGACCCUGGUACCAAACGCACAUCAAAGCCCAUCUAUAAUGGAACCCCAACUAUGGAAAAUAUUCAACAAAGAGCUGUUAGUUUGAUAACAACCAGUGUGUCUGACAGCACAAGAACAGCAUAUAAUCUUGCCAUUAAUCAUUUUAAUACUUUCAGGCUUACUUAUAACCUACCGGAUACAUGGCCGAUACCACUGAACCAAUUUAUUAUGUACAUUUCAUACUGCUUUGAAAAGAAUUAUGCACCAUCAACAAUCAAAUUGUAUAUGUCAGGUAUUAGCUUUGUGCAUAAAAUCAGGGGAUUCUAUAAUCCAUUUAGCAAUUUUGUAGUCAGUAAGAUGUUGGAGGGUUGCAAACGUUUAAGGCAGCAGCAAGAUCUCAGAGUGCCUAUAUCUCUGGGCAUGUUGAACAGAUUAGUUUCAGUUCUUCCCAAUGUAUGUUUUUCAAAAUUUGAAACAAAACUAUUUACAGCAGUAUUUUAUUUGGCCUACUUUGGUUUGUUUAGGAUAAGUGAAUUAGUUGUUUGCUCAAAUAACACAAAGGACAGAGCACUUUGUAAACAAGACAUCACUUUUGAAGGGUUAAACAAUGCAAUAAUAAUUCGAGUUAGGAUGAGUAAAACUAACCAAACAGGUCGACCUGUGUUUGUGCGUAUUCCUAGCAAUCAGGAAACAAGCAUAUGCAUUAAUGCUGUAAAAGAAUACGUAGCUAUAGCCCCUGCCAGAUCUGAGCAAUUUUUCUGUCAUGCCAACAAUACACCAAUGACAAGAUAUCAGUUCUCAGCUGUGUUGUCGAAAGCCUGUGCACAGGCUGGUAUUUCUUCAAAAGUAUUAUCACAUAGCUUUAGGAUUGGUAGAGCAACCGACCUUGCUCUUCAAGGUUACUCUGAUGAAACAAUAAAACGUAUGGGUCGUUGGUCGUCGAACUGUUAUUCAGGCUAUAUAAGAAUGUAGGAGUAAAACUUAUGAAAACUCAAGAUAGCUUGCGAUUGCGCCUGUAAUUAUAACAACUCUUUCUUUGGGUUUAUUUUACAGCAGUUUGGCUGGUAGGGGAUUCACAUAUUCGAUGGGCAGGGGAACGCUUCCAUUCAAGACACAGGGACACGUUUAAAAAUUUCACCAUUUCCUGGGAUGGUCAGAGUGGUUUGAGAGUUGAAGAUUUGCAUCCAGUAAUCCAACUUGGUAUGAUUAAAGGCCGAACUCCUGAAAUUAUUUUCCUUCAUUUUGGGGGAAAUAACAUCACAAGUACAAAUCAAUGUAAAACUAUAAGAAUAAUUAAAUCUGAGUUGCAGUAUCUUUUCGAUAUAUUUCCUAACUCAUUGAUUGUUUGGGUAUUCAUUCUUCCCAGAUUAUCUUGGACUAGGGAAGUGGUUGACAAUUCUUAUCAAAAGAAAAUGAAUUCCAAACGUCAAAAAAUCAAUCGCACAAUUUCAAAUUAUGUGUUAUCUUUUGCUAGGGGUAGGGCAAUUUUGAUAGAAUCAAUUGAUUUGAGUACCCCAGGAAUGUUCCAUGUUGAUAAAGUCCAUUUGUCAGAUGUUGGCAAUGAACUAUUCAUCUUCAGUAUAGGUGAAGCAAUCGCAAACUUUCUUGGCAGCGACAUUAAGUUUAUUAAAUGCUAAGGCCUAUAAUUUUGGGGGACAAAUUGUUACCAAUUUGCAGUGGCGGAAAAUUCUAGGCCGCUCAUGAUGGGAUGGUGUCACUGUCAACAAUUAUACAUUAUUUCACAAGUUAACAAUAUUUUAUAUAGGUAUGGGUGGUUCUCCUCUCCUUAAUAUGGCUCCUUUUGGAGAUAAUCAGUUUUGGAGGGAAGCCAUCCUAUAUUUGGCACAUUUCACAAAAUUUCAUUUCAAAAUGUUCAUUUUUAAGUUUGCAUUUAGAUGCUUUGGGUCUGCUCGGACAAAGGCGACCCGAAGCGGAUUUAUGGAGAUAAGUAUAUACAUGGAGUAUAUACGAGGAGUAUUAUACACAGUAUAUAUGGAGCUAUAUAUAUACUCAGGAGUAUAAUACAUGGAGAUUGGACAGUAUAUAUGGAGAUAUAUAUAUACUGAGGAGUAUUGAUAUUUUCAAUGGAGGUUGGAUAUAGUAUAUAUGGAGCUAUAUAUAUACUAGAUUAUGCGUGGUACAUAUGUAAAAUAAUAAUAAUAAUAAAUUGUAAUUACUUUAAGCAAGCGUGACACCAUCCUGUCAUUGAUGCCUAGAUUUUUUUCAAAAAUUCCAUGUGGCAACUCUUGAAAACCAGUGGAAUUCUAACUAUCUUUUACUGCGGUCAAUAAACUGCCAAAAUAUUACACUAAAUUACCAAUACAUGUUAUUUAACAGUAUUCAUACAAACAUGAAUAAAAUGACUGUGUACUUUUAAUUUUGUUUUGUGUUCUUUCUUACUAUGCAUUUAUGUCUUAAAAUAAUGUGGGUUAUUGUAUUACCGGUAAACAAUAAAACCCAGUUUAUUUUAGCAGAAAUGUGGACCCUUCAAGGGAGAGUAUCUUGGGCAUACUAUAUGUUGAUGAACUAGAGUUCUCUUUCCUGAUUAAAAAGAGUUAAUGCCCAUUCUAUAAAUAGUUCUGAGAUCACUUCCUUCCUGGCAUUGGAUUCCAAGGCUUCAACCUACAGAAAAAACUGAAAUUUUUUAAAAACCCACCCGCCACACCCAUUCAUGAUAUUGUUGAAUUUCAUACUUAUUCCAGAAAAAAUAUUGUUUUGUUGGAUGCUUUGUAUGAAUCCUACUUUCUCUGCGCUUGAGAUUUAUGUUUCAGAAAACAUGCCAUGGCUCCAUGCACAGGCAACAGUUCCAGAUGGUCACCAAAAACAUCAAAAAACCUAGACGCUGCUGAGAUGCAAGUGUUGCUCAAACCUCUGCAGCAGACCUGGUGACGAUUGGAUCUGAACACUGAUUUCACUGUUGCAAAGACUCCAUCACUACCAAAAUUUCUUUGGAGAACUGUCUGUGUUUUAUGGAGAUCAUGUGUUUGCUAAUAUCAAAUGCUAAAGAUGAAUGUGGAAACUGUGUUUGCUUCUAUUACUUUAAGCAAGCGUGACACCAUCCUGUCAUUGAUGCCUAGAUUUUUUUCAAAAAUUCCAUGUGGCAACUCUUGAAAACCAGUGGAAUUCUAACUAUCUUUUACUGCGGUCAAUAAACUGCCAAAAUAUUACACUAAAUUACCAAUACAUGUUAUUUAACAGUAUUCAUACAAACAUGAAUAAAAUGACUGUGUACUUUUAA